CUCUUUCUCUAUUUGCAUACAUAUGAGUCAUCAAAAACUAACAAAGAAACAAAUAAAACUAGCGUUCAAAGAUCAUGAUAUCAACGAGACGGGACAUUUGAACAGCGAUUAUCUAUUUAAGGCAUUAUUAUCAUUGAACUUACCCGUGGAACCAUCCGACAUGACAGAUUUAUUUGAAUGCGUAGGCCGGGAAAAGGAAAAAAGAGUAGCUAUCGACGAUUUUCUCGAUAUCGUGACUGAACUCAAGGGUGGAGAAGAGAUGCUAGCCGAGGAUUACCUUAUGGAAGAUACGCAAUCAUCUGAUCUUGCAUUCAGCAUGCUGCGUGAUCCUGCAGUCAAUGGCAUCACCUUGGAAAGCUUACUUAGAGUAUGUUCAACACAGGAGGACGCUUGGACAACGCAACAAAUCAUCGAAAUGAUGAAUGAAGCUGACCUCAACCACGACGGCAUGAUCGAUUCCAAUGAGUUUAAAAUCAUUUGCAAGAAAGCAGGCUUAUAAAAUCUCCCUUUUCUCUCUCUAUUUAUAAAAAAUUAUACCCUAGCAACAAUAUCAAUAAUAAUAAUAAAAAAAACGCUUUAUCAUUUA